AUGGGCAAUACAAUCAGCCAAGUAUUCCCUCCCGAAGCCAAGUUCACCGAGAAGAAUCUCCCCGACCAAACCGGCAAGGUAUUCAUCGUCACGGGCUCCUCCUCCGGUGUUGGCAAAGAGCUGGCGCAGAUACUCUACUCCCACAACGCAAAAGUCUACUUCGCAGCCCGCUCAGCAGAGAAGACGGCCGCCACCAUCGAAUCCGUAAAGACCGCUUUCCCGAACUCGAAAGGCCAAGCAGUCUACCUCCACCUCGACCUCGAUGACCUGACCACCAUCAAAGCCUCUGCCAACGAGUUCCUAAGCAAGGAAGACAAGCUCAACGUGCUGUGGAACAAUGCCGGCGUGAUGGUGCCCCCACAAGGUAGCAAGACGAAGCAGGGUUAUGAACUGCAAUUGGGGACGAACAACGUCGCGCCCUUCCUCUUCACGAAGCUAUUGACGCCAAUUCUGAUCAAGACUGCGAAGUCGGAGCCCCCGGGAACGGUCAGGGUGGUUUGGACGAGCAGUAGUGCCGCCGAGGGCAUCAGCCCGAAGAAUGGAGUCGAUAUGAAUAAUCUCAAUUACAAGGUCGACAAGUCUGCUUGGCACAAGUAUGGUAUUAGCAAGGCGGGCAAUGUUUUUCAUUCGAAGGAGUUUGCGAAGAGGUAUGCUGGGGAUGGGUUGAUCUCUGUGUCUCUCAACCCCGGGAACCUCAAGACUCCCCUCCAACGCAAUGUACCUGGUUGGCAGAUGACGAUGAUCAACACCAUGUUACAUACUCCCAUCCAUGGUGCAUACACAGAGUUGUUCGCGGGUUUGUCGCCGGACGUUACGCCCGAUCAUAAUGGAGCUUGGAUCAUACCAUGGGGACGCAUAGCUCCUAUCCGAAAGGACCUUGAAGCUGCAGGCAAGUCAGAGAAGGAAGGUGGCACGGGCAUCGCAACCGAGUUCUGGGAGUGGAGCGAGGAGCAAGUUAAAGCCUAUCUUUGA